AGACCUGUACUUGUCUGGUGAAGAAAUGGACAGAUGUUGGACUAGUCAAGACAUAAAGAAGGAGAGGCUUCGGUUACAGCUCAAGCUUCUCUCAUUAGGGAUAAAUGCAGAGGUGCCACUGCAGGAUCCUAGCAGACUUGAAGUGAAACAGGCUUUGGAUGAAUUCUCAGAGUCCCCAAGGGAAGGCCUUGACAUGACUGCACGAAUGAACCAGACCACCAACGAUGUGGAUCUCCCUGACCUUGAGGUGCCAGUAGCCCCAGUUGAAUGGAGCUCUUUAGAGAGUGAGCAGGAUCAAGAGAGCAUCAUGGAGAAACACCAGAGAAAGGGGAAUUUAAGGCAAAAAAGACCAAAGGAUGUGCUUUCAAAGAAAGGUCAAAAAAGGUUGCAAAAAAUUAAAGAAAAGAAUGAAACCCUAGUACAGUUCCUGUUGUCUAAGGAAGUCAAGGCAUACCUACUGAAAAUUAUGCAAGGCAAACAGGCAAGCAAUCUUCACACUAUCUCCACUGGGAUGUCACAGAGAGCCAGGAGAGCAAUAAAACACAGUGGAUUUGGUCCUAUUGAUGAUGAUGAACAGGCAAUCAUGAUGUUUUACAAGAAGAAAGGGUACUCGAAAGCAAAAGCAGAGGAAAUGUUAAACAAAGGUGUGACGCGCACUAAGGAGGAGAUGGAGGUCAUCAUGCACAGGGAGUUUAAGAGUUAUCGAAAGUACAAACCAAAGUGAAUCAAUUUCAUGAUUUAUGUCGUAAUUUCGCUUUUUUUACGGACACUGAAACUCGACGAGGAUUUGAACCAGUUAGUACUGUCAAACCUCACGCUGGCCAGGCACCAAAAAUAUUUCAGGAAUGUUGUUCAUGCAUUGUUUUCAGUGAAAUCAAUUUACUUUUAUCAAUGCAAAGGAAAUCAGUUUCUUACAUUUCAAAAAUGUAUUUUUUGUCUCUGCUCAAUGACAUAUUAUCUAUUUUUCGGCAAGAAAUUUGAUUUUUUCUUAAAUCGUUUGAGUGGUUGAUAUGAAAAUAAACACCAUGCACAAUUGUCUACCAUAUGAUUUAAAUUUAAUUGUUGAUUAUUGUUUACCAAAACAAUGUUAUCUUACUCUGAAUGUAUAUGUAAGUUAUCCUCCUUUGCUAUCUUCCUCUGUGUGUGUGUGCGCGUGUGUGUGUAUGUGUGCGUGCGCGCGUGCGUGUGUGUGUGUGUGUGUUCCACGAUGUGUGUGUGUGUGUGUGUGUGUUCUCUGUGUUUUAUCUAUGUGUAAAUAUCUUCCUCUGUGUGUGUGUUUGUGUGUGUGUGUGUUAUCUUCCGCGAUGUGUGUGCGUGUGUGCGUGUGCGCGUGCGCGCGACCUCCCUCUAAAUCAGUGGGUGUGCAUGCUUCUUCUACCUCUAUAUUUCUCUGCGUGUUUCUGUUCUCUCCAUCUUUGCCUGCUCUUGUGCAUGCUUCUUCUACCUGUCUAACUGGAGGUGUAUGAUCUAUCCCUCCGUUUUCCCUUUUAGUGUGUCUGCUCUAUCUAUUUCUAUUCAUUCAUCUUUUUCUCUCCCUCUCUUCCUCUGUCUCAUAUUAGCAUUCACAGUCCAUUGUAUAUGUUAUAAUUUGAUACCUGAUUGUAUAAAUAUUAUGUAUAAAACCAAUAAAAUGAUAUAAUUUUGUA